UAGUAAUUUGUUGACAAUUUUUGUCACAAAUUAAUUUAAAAUCUUUAUACACAUUUUAUUUACAAGCAUUAUAAAGAAAAACCCAUCAAAGGACUUUAUAGAAUCUAUAAAUUGGUGUGAAGAUAUUCUCAAGAAGCAUAUGUGAAGAAGAUAGGAUUUACGUAAGUUUACCUUGCUUUUCCUGAGCAGGAAAACAUCACAAAAAUACUAGAAUAAGACAGUUCUUCUCCUUCGAUAAAAUCCGAUUGAUGGCCAGUUUAAGAAUCUACGAGGACCAAGAGAACCAAAAGCCCGAGCAAGGUCGAUCCAAGAUGAACGCCAUGCUAAAUGGAGGGAAUCUCAAUCAGAAAAGAUCGGUUUUGGGCGUUAUUGACGGAAACAGGAACGAAAAUAAUGGACAGGGACUCAAAGUCAAACAGCCCUUGGGCGAAUCAAAAAUUUCCAACCUCCCCAACUACAUGCAGAAAAAGGAGAACUGGAACUCUCAGAAGGAAAACAACAGAAAAAACAUAGUCAACCCCAUCAUCCCUGUAGCCCAGUUCGAAGCCUUCAAAGUAUACGAGGAUGAAGAAAAACUGGCCAAAAUCGAGGAACGCCUCAAAGCCAAAAGCACCUCAAACGUCUACAAAGGUACCGCCGAAGAUCGGUUCUUCACCAAAACCGAAGUUGCCGAACUUGAAAGGAAAGGAAUUAUUCCUUCUUCGAAAAACGAACCGGUACCCAGCCCAAUUCCUAGUCCUAUGAGCAUUGAGAAGGCUUACGAGAACGAGUUCACCGAAGAAGUCGUUUUUCGAAGAACAGAAAAAAGUAAAGAUGAUUUCUUCAACAUGGAAGAGUACAGCGUUGACAUCUAUCGGUAUUUGCGCGAACAUGAGCUGCGCAACAGGGCUAAAGCUGGGUAUAUGAAGAAGCAACCCGACGUGACAGCGAACAUGAGGUCGAUUCUGGUGGAUUGGUUGGUCGAGGUUGCGGAGGAGUACAAGCUGCACACUGAAACCCUGUAUCUGGCUGUCAAUUACAUUGACAGGUUCCUGAGUUAUAUGUCUGUGGUUCGGGCUAAGCUGCAAUUAGUCGGGACGGCUGCAAUGUUUAUAGCUUCUAAAUAUGAGGAAAUUUAUCCUCCUGAUAUUGCGGAAUUUGUUUACAUUACGGACGAUACGUAUACGAAGAGGCAGGUGAUCAGGAUGGAGCAUUUGAUUGUGAAGGUUUUGGGUUUCGAUUUGUCGGUGCCCACGCCACUGACUUUUAUCACGUCGAUGUGCAGCAUGAACAAACUUGAGGAGAAGACUAAGUUUUUAGCAAUGUUUCUUUGCGAACUAACCCUUCUCGAAGGCGAAACCUACCUCGAAUACAUCCCCAGCACUCUGGCAGCUAGCGCCAUAGCCCUCGCGCGGCAUACCCUCGAACUAACCCCCUGCUGGCCACAAUCUUUCACCGAGACCACCAUGUACACCCUGGAUCAGCUCCAACCCUGCCUCGAAUUCUUGCAAAGGGCCUUUUGCAAAGCGGCAACCAGCCCUCAGCACGCCAUACAGGACAAGUACAAGUCGCAGAAGUUUUUGCAUAUCUCACAGGUGCCGCCACGGGUGGAUCCGUGGAUAUUCGCCAAAGAGGUUUGUCCUGGAAGGGGGUAAAAAAAAACCGGCGUCGUGGAAGCCUUGUGGCUGGUUUGUUUGGCCUAGAUUUUUUUAUUUUUAUUUAGGGUUAUUUUGUUUUUUUUUUAUGUUUUUUUUCGUGUUGUUGAGGCGAUGUUUCGGGCCAAGACUGGUGCCUUAUAUCAGAUAAGAGUGUGAGGAAUUGUUUGUACAGGGUGUGACAAAAAAAAGUUUGCAACAAACGGGAAGAUUUUUUUUAUUAAAGAUGAUACACACUGAAGGAAUUUUAGGUACUUUUUCUAAAAGUUGUUAAAAAAAAAUCUCAUUUCUUUACGGACGUUUUUUGUCACACACUGUACAUAAAAACACAGUUAAAUGGGUCUUGAAUGGAUAUUUGCAUUUUAUUUCAAGUUUACCUCUAUUUUUGGACAAACAAAUAACUUUAUCAGGUGUCCUUGUAAAAAAAGUCAAGUUGAGUCAAGUUAAUAUUGGAAUGGUUAAUAUACAGGGUGUGACAAAAAAGGUUUGCAACAAAUGGGAAGGUUUUUUGCUACUGGACAUGCUGGAGAAAUUCAGUGUGUGUGAGUGAUUUUUUUUUAAGAAAAAUUCUUAUUUGUUGGGGUCUUUUUGGGACACACUGUACAUAAAAUUCAAGUUUACCUUAAUUUUUUGACAAACGAAUAACUUGAUCAGGUGUCCCAGUAAAAGCAAGUUAAUUAUCGGAAUGGUAUAUGUGUAUACAGGGUGAUGCAAAAAACGUUUGCAACAAAUGGGAAGAUUUUUUUUAUUAAAAGAAAAAUUCUUAUUUGUUGGGAUCUUUUUGGGGCACACUGUAACAUAAAAUUCAAGUUUACCUUAAUUUUUUGACAAACGAAUAACUUUAUCAGGUGUCCCAGUAAAAGCAGUAAAGUUAAUUAUUGGAAUGGUAAAUAUACAGGGUGUGACAGAAAAAAGUUUUGCAACAAAUGGGAAUAUUUUUUAUUAAAAUGAUUUUUUUGUUACUGGACAUGCUGGAAAAAUUCAGUGUGUGUGAUUUUUUUUAAGAAAAAUUCUUAUUUGUUGGGAUCUUUUUGAGACACCCUGUAGGUAAAAACAUAGUUAAAUAAGUCUUGAAUAGAUAAUUGGCAUUUUAAUUCGUGUUUACCGACGGUAAAUUUUUUGACGGAAUAACUUUAUUAAUACCCUAGUAAAAGCAGUCAAGUUGAUUUUCACAAUGGCAAAUAUACAGGGUGUGACAAAAGAAAGUUUGCAAUAAAUAUGAAUAUUUGUUAUUAAAAAUGAUUAUUUUUUCGUUGUUGCUGGACGUGUCGAAGAAAUUCUGUGUGUGAGUGAUUUUCUCUUGGGAUCUUUUCGAGACACCCUGUAGAUAAAAACAUAGUUAAAUAAGGCUUGAACGGAUAAUUGCAUUUUAAUUCUAGUUUUACCUCUAUUUUUUGGCUAAAUAACUUUUACGUGAGGUGUCCCAAUAAUAGCAAAUAAGUUCAAUUUUUCAGAAUGUCGAAUAUAUAGGGUGGCGCAAAAUAAAUGAUUAAGUAAAUAGCAGCUUGUUAAAAAAAUGGGAUCAAUAUUUUUUGUAGUAUGUAAUUUUACAGAGUAUUCCAAGACUUGUUUAAUUAUUUUUUAUAUUUACAAUCACUUUAAACAAAAAUUUCGAAAAGAUGUAAUUCUUGUUAUUUUAUACUAAUUUCUGAAAAAUCUCUUGAAAUUAUAAAAAAAAUCGGUUAUUGUCUCUAUUAAUAUUGAUAAUGAAUUUUACAAGAUAAUAUUAAAAUAUUUGUGUCUUUCUUUGUUUUUUAAGCAAAGCCAUUUUUUUUCCUUUUUAAGUUUGAAUUAAGUGACAAUGACAUUCACUUGACAUAACUCUGACCCACGGAUAGAUCUGACUUUGACAUCUGUCAGUUGUAAUUAUUUUCAGCCAGUGUAUUUUCGAUUAAAACUAAAAAGUUGAGAUGCUUUUAAUGUCGUAAGAUUUUUAAAAAAAAUCGACGUCAUGGUAACCUUUGAAAUGAAAGUCGAUAGUUUUUAUGGGAUGUCUAUUGUGUUUCGUUUGAAAUUAGCAUAAUUUUUUGUCAGAAAUCAAUAAUAUCUUUUUUUCGAUUGUCAUUUCAAAGGUUACAAUGACGCCGUUUUUUUUCGGUCAGAAUAUAACAAGUUGGUGAGAAUUUAAUCCCUGAAUAUAAUAUGACAUUAAUUGUCAAGGCUGUCUUUAAUUUUAAACAGGCUUAUGAGCAGAAACGACUCAAUCAAAAAUAGAAUUAACUAGAAAUUAAUGCUGGCCGCUCUGUACACACAGCGUUGCCAUAUCGUCGCAUUUUACUAUAAACUUUGACUAUUCAAGAAGCUUUGCGUGAAAAAAAUUUAGCAUAAUAAUUUCUUUUUAAGGAAAAUUUGCAAAUUUUACUUUUCAACCCAGGGAGGGCCGUUAGAUAGUGUUUUCUUCGCGUGCCAUGUUGCCGGUUGUCGCAAAUUUUCCCUCAAAACACCGAAAACUUGUAAAUAUUAGGAUAAUCGUCUUAAAAGUAAAAUCAGUUUACACCAGACAAUCCACAAAGAAAAAUUAAAAAUACACAUAUUUAAUAAUAAAGGAAAAAUAAAAAUAUCUGGUGUCAAACUGCUAAUAUAAAAAAAAAAUUCUGUGGUUUUUUUUAUUUAAUUGAUUCUAACAAGUCUGUAAAUACUAUACGUCACAAUUUUUAACAUACCGAUAAGUUUUUUUAGAUUUAAAAUAAUUUUUAUUAUAGGUUUGAACCAAGAACAGAUAUUAAAGUAAGUGUUUUCCUAAUACAUUGAUGCCAGUUAGUCAAGCCAUA